GAAAUGAACAACAUGUUAGCUCAGCAGCAAGCACAGAUGCAGCAGCAGCAGCAGCAGUCACAAGUUCAAAUGCAGCAAUCUCAGCAAGCAAUGAUGAUGCAAAUGCAGCAAGGUGGUCAUCCCAUGCAACAGCAAGUGCAGCAACAGCAUCUUCAGAACCCAAUGAGUCAAGAUCAAAUGCAGCAGCAACCCCAGCAACAGCAGAUGUUGGCACAAUCUGCAACACAACAGCUCAACAACAACAACAGCAGGAGCAGAAGCAUGACAACAUCAGCAAAGUGAAGAUGCUCAGCACUCAAAUGAGUGAUACUCUGAUGGAGACUCUCCGCAUGGCUGGAAUAAAUCUGUCCUCCAAUGCUCAGGUAGAGCUUGGCAACAAGCAAGGGGGAGAGAUGAAUGCUGCUAAAUAUGAGGAGUGUCUAGAGAAGUUUUAUUCCAUCUGUGACCAGAUGGAACUGCACUUGAAAACUGCAAGUGCUCACCAAUACCAGAGCCAAGCCUCCCAGCGCUACACCCCAUCUACUGUCACUACAAACCCGCCCCCUGACAUCCACAAGUACACACUCUACACAAGCAACGUCAGGCAACAGGUCGCUUUUGCUAAGGAAUUGCACAGUCUUCUCGUGGAUGCCACAUCUAGUUUGGCAGCACCUUUGCCUCCUCCUCAGCGUCCGCAACCGCAGCACCAUGACUCCAUCACAACAAUGGAUACUCAGUCAUAAUCACUCUUUAAGUGCCAGCACCAUGCCAAACACAACUUUAUUUUGACUCUUGAAACUCCAAGCCUAGCCUCAUUCUGUUGUCUUGCAAACUAAACCUUUUAUUUUGAAAUUCUAUUUUCCUGAACUAUUUUCAUGAAUUCUAUUUUCCAUUAAUGAGCUUCUGGUCAGGUUAUCAAGUUAAAAGCAGUUAGCAAACGUUUAAACUUUUAUUUAUUUUUACAAAUAUUUUUCGUCUCAACUUCUUCGAAAUAGUUAUAGAUGAAAAAAAAAUAAUGAAUGUCACUCGAGUUCUAUCAAGUAUUAGCCUGUUCAUCUAAUGCGACUUGGCAAUUGACUGAAUUCUCAACCAACUUCAUGCGAGUCCAAAGUUUAUCAGUACAUAUAAAUUUUGGUUACGCCAACUCUAUUGAAAAUUGCGCUUCUCAUCUUGCCAAUGAUCGGGUAAUGGUUCUGAGUUACGAUAGCUGAUAAGACAGUAUUUCGUCUCAGUAAUCAGUUGACCAGAUAAAUUAUCAACUGAGCUCUGCUCUCAUUUAUCUUGGCUUUACUUGCUCACAUUAAAUGUAUCUGGUGUUUUUUUUUUUCUCCGUAGAAUCUAAGUAGUGUGUAUAUAAAAAACCUACUGCUUCGUAUUUUCAAUAUUUAUUUAUUACUUUCUAAGUGUAGCUAUUUUUGUACGAAAAGAUAUUAUGCGUUAGCAUAUAAAAUGAUAAUUUCACUGAAGGAUUUUAUCUCUAUAUUUUUAUAUAGUCAGCCGAACAAUAAUGUUUGAUAAUGUAAAACUUCUAAAAUAAAUGCAUAAGAAACGUGCAGUGUGCUAGCAUUUCAUUUACUAUUAACGUCAUUAGCUGAAGAUUUUGAAUCGUUCGUUGAGAUUAUACACAUAGAAUAGAAGUGUCGACACUGAAGAAAUAGGUCCAUGGCCUGUUGCCACAUGGUCUGAAGACGUAUUUAUCUCGCUUUUCAAUAAAUUGAAUUGAAAUUAAAGAAGAUUUUUAAUGUAAA